ACUUUAAGCAAUCAUAAACAACAAAUCUUGUAAAUAGCAAGAGAAGAAAAUAGGAUUGUAUACUAAUAAGAGAACAUGGGAACCUCAAUUGGGCCGAGACAUUGGCCUCGACUCAUCUAUGCAAUAGCCUUGUGUAUAAUUGCUACUAGUACUUUGGCUAUUGCUGAUGAUAAGCCUAACUAUGAAAGCCAACAACAGUAUUACUACUCUCCACAACCAACAACACCAGAAUAUAAUCAACAAAGCCCACCCAACUAUUACAAACCACCUCCAUAUGCUUACAAAUUCCCUCCAUAUUACUAUCAAUCUCCACCUUCAUAUUCUCAUAAAUUCCCUCCAUAUAACUAUCAAUCUCCACCACCAUAUGCCCACAAAUUCCCUCCAUAUUACUAUAAAUCGCCAUCUCCAUCACCGUCUCCUCCUUAUGUCCAUAAAUUCCCACCAUAUUAUUACAAAUCGCCACCUCCACCAUCUCCAUCACCACCGCCUCCUUAUGUCUACAAGUCACCACCUCCUCCUCCAUACGUUUAUCAGUCACCACCUCCUCCACCUUAUGUCUACAAGUCACCACCUCCUCCUCCAUACGUUUAUCAAUCACCACCUCCUCCACCUUAUGUCUACAAGUCACCACCACCUCCUCCAUAUGUCUAUAAGUCACCACCUCCUCCACCUUAUGUCUACAAGUCGCCACCACCUCCUCCAUACGUUUAUCAGUCACCACCUCCUCCACCUUAUGUCUACAAAUCACCACCACCACCUCCAUAUGUCUAUAAGUCACCACCUCCUCCACCUUAUAUCUACAAGUCACCACCACCUCCUCCAUACAUUUAUCAGUCACCGCCUCCUCCACCUUAUGUCUACAAGUCACCACCACCACCUCCAUAUAUCUAUAAGUCACCACCUCCUCCACCUUAUGUCUAUAAGUCACCACCUCCUCCACCUUAUGUCUACAAGUCGCCACCACCUCCUCCAUACGUUUAUCAGUCACCACCUCCUCCACCUUAUGUCUACAAGUCACCACCUCCUCCACCUUAUGUCUACAAGUCACCACCACCUCCUCCAUAUGUCUACAAGUCACCACCUCCUCCACCUUAUGUCUAUAAGUCACCGCCACCUCCUCCAUAUGUAUAUAAGUCACCACCUCCUCCACCUUAUGUCUACAAGUCACCACCACCUCCUCCAUACAUUUAUCAGUCACCACCUCCUCCACCCUAUAUCUACAAGUCGCCACCACCUCCUCCAUAUGUUUAUCAGUCACCACCUCCUCCACCUUACGUUUACAAGUCACCACCUCCUCCACCAUACGUUUAUAACAGUCCACCUCCUCCACCAUAUGUCUACAAAUCACCUCCACCUCCACCCCCCUCACCACCUCCUCCAUAUGUUUACAAGUCACCACCUCCACCAUCUCCAUCACCACCACCUCCUUAUGUAUAUAAGUCACCACCUCCGCCUUCACCUUCACCACCUCCUCCAUACUACUACAAAUCUCCACCCCCACCAUCACCUUCACCACCCCCUCCAUACGUCUACAAGUCUCCACCCCCACCACCUCCAUAUAAAUAUGAGUAUCCACCAUAUAUCUACAAACCUUCACCACCACCUCCCUAUGUUUAUCAAUCUCCUCCAUACAUCUAUGCAUCGCCACCCCUUCCUCCUUACACUUAUAAAUAUCCUUAUACACCGUAUAAUCACUACCAAUAUUCUCCACCUCCGCCCCCCGUGUAUUAAUAAGCUUGUUAAGCAUUUUGACUUUUUUGAAUAAUUAUACUAUGAUCAAUGUUGUGUGAUUUGUAAUGCAAUCUUCAUUAUUAAUAAAUAGUCUCCACUGUAAUAAAAUGUUUAUUUUGGACUUCA